AUGAACAACUACAGAAGCACAAUUUCAAUUAAAAAAGGUAGAAUCACAGCAGGAUUCCCAUUUCUGGACAACGUCACUCAGUUGAAGAGCAACUUUAACGUGGCAGUCAAACGCCUUCAAGCCCUAAUUCGGAUACUUCAAAACGACUCGGAAAAAAUGAGCCUGUAUAACGAAGCACUACAAGAUUACCGGCAUCAAGGAAUCAUCGAAGAAGUUCACGAGCAUAGUACAGCUGGCGUAACCACCUUUUAUUUGCCUCACCGUCAUGUUUGGACGCCGGGGAAAUCCACACAACUCCGCGUCGUCUUCGACGCGUCCUCACAUGCGAAAGGAGAACUAAGCUUGAAUGAUGUCAUACAUCAAGGGUACUCGCUGACUUCCUGCAUCUUCGACAUCCUACUGAAGUUCCGAACUUACGAUUAUACGAUGGUUGCGGAUAUCCAGAAAGCGUUCCUGCAGAUCCAGUUACCUAUUGAACACAGAGACGCGACAAGAUUCUUGUGGAUGAAGGACACAUCUAAGCCUCCCAUCGGUAGUAAUAUCAGAUACUACAGAUUCUGCCGAGUACCGUUCGGAAUCAAUGCUGGACCGGCAAUACUGAAUCAAGCGCUGCUCAAACAUCUUGAGUCAUUCACCAACAACACAUUUCGAGAGAUAUCAGAUAUGCUGUAUGUCGACAACGUCAUAGUUGAAGGAAAGAACAACGAAGAACUCCUCAAGAAGUAUCAUGAAUCUAAGGAAGUGUUUAAUAAAGUUGGAAUGAACCUUCGAGACUACCUCUCCAACAGUGCACAAGUCAAUUACAAGAUUCCAACGCAUGAUCGUGCUACUUCAACUAAUAUAAAAGUCUUGGGCUUGCACUGGUACAGCAACGAGGAUCAAAUAGGUCUAGUAUGCGCUACAAAACCGUAUACAAAAACGGCCAAACGAUACGUCCUCAGCCAAAUCAAUGGACUCUGCUUCGAUCCCUUAGGACUACUCACACCCUUGCUUACCACGGCAAAAACGUUCCUUCAAGACUUACACAAGAAGAAACUGGCGUGGGACGAUCCAUGGUCAAAGGAAGACUGCGAUACCUGGGAUGCAAUCAAGAAAAAUAUGGUCCACUUUUCCAUCCAACUACCUCGACGAGUAACGCAGCAAGAAGGAUGCACAUCCCGCACACUUUCAAUGUUCGUCGACAGCUCGAAAAGAGUCUAUGCUUGCGUUGCUUACAUUACAACGGAUACACAAGCUGGAGAGCGCUAUACAAGACUAUACUGCGCAAAGUCAAAAGUGGCCCCCAUCGGAACAACUCAAAAAAUACCAAAGCUCGAACUGCUAGCCAUAUUUAUCGGAAUGAAUUUGCUGGAAUACAUUGUAACCAAGAGCGGACUGAAGUUCGAUAAAAUCAACCUGUUCAGCGACUCUACCAUAGCCCUCGCCUGGAUCCACUCCAAAAAGCGACUUCCUUCUCUUGUUACCAACUUGACACAGAAGAUACAGCUGACUAGAGAACGUCUUGAACAAUACCGGCAUGUCCAAAUUUACCAUGUUCCCACAGAAGAAAAUGUUGCUGAUCAUGCAACCCGCGGUCUUUCACAAGCAGAAGCCAGCGAUCACGUAUGGUUCAAAGGACCUCGAUGGCUCAAUGAGCAGGAGCAACAUUGGCCUGUUCGUCAGGUAGAACAGCUAAGUCAAGCAGAAGAAGAAGACUCUCUCGCAAUAAUUGCCACUAUGGUAACACCUUUCACCACCCUGACAAGGCAACCAAGAAUCUGGCCUACUGAAGCAGUCAGUAGCUAUGACAAGCUCGAAAGGAUUGUUGCCUAUUCCUUACGAUUUGUACGCAAAAUCAGCAAAGGCAAACUCUAUCAACUUGACGAGCACUGCGAAACGUUCGGCGGCAUUCCGAAUGCCCAAGAGAUGAUAAUCGCAGAACGCCACCUACUUCGAGAAGAGCAACAGCAGUCUGAUCUGCAAUCGUUCAUAAACAGCUGCAAAAACAAGACCAUCAAGGAAGACCUACAUGGAAUUACUAGAAAAUUUGUAAAUUCACGACCAUUAACGACAAUCGGAGAAGCUGCUGACAACAAUGAAGUACUUCGCCCAAUCGACUUCGUGUACAAAAACAUUCGACAUGGCAUCGAAGUUAUACGACAAGACGAGCAACAUCAGGAAGACCCUCCAUACCAACCUACUCCGGAAAUUUCCACGCAAUUGGACGCAAAGAAGGCCAUUUCUGAUGCAGAGACACUUACCAACAAGUUCUGGGACAAAUGGAAAACAGAGUAUCUCUUGGAACUGCGCGAACGCCACGUACUUUAUGGAAGCAAUUACAAGUCAUCGAAAAAUAAUCCGUGCGUUGGCGACAUUGUGCUUAUCGAUGAUGAUCUGAAGACAUCCAGAGACCACUGGCCAAUGGGUGUGAUCGAGGACUUAGUCAAAAGCAAGGAUGGAGAAGUACGAAGCGCCGUACUUAAAACCGGAACUGGGAGAUGCGUACAGCGUCCCAUCAAUCGCCUCAUUCCACUGGAAAUUCGUGCCACAAUGGAUUCGAACGCAAUGACAAGCACUUCACACGACAAUGAGGAACCUCAGAGUAGCAUACAAGCUCUACCACAACGCAAACCUCUUGAAAGAAAGGCUAAAAAACCCAUCAAUUAUAACGAAAACGUGGUAUUACCGAAACGUCGUCCAUGGAAUGCGCUCAGCAUUUUACUAGCCUUGACAGCAUGCAGCAUUGUACAUUCUGCACAAGGACAAGUGCUGAACUGCACGAACACUGGAUUCAUACUCAACUUAUCGUCGAUUCCGGACGUAAACAGCAGGAGUGAAGUAUGUGUCAAUCGCAUUCAUUGUCAGAGCAUACACACGGAUCAGCAACCCAUACAAAGAUAUCUACCGCCACAUCAGCUAACUAACCCAUAUUCUGUGAAAUGGCGUGCUAUCAUGAAUACCACACUAUACGAAGAGGAAGUGAUGUGCCCAGAGCAAUCAGUGUGCAAUUCCAUACAUUGCACAUUCUGUCCCCUUCUACUCGGCAACCCACGCUGUUUUCCGAAAACAACCAUCGCAGUGAUAGCUACGGUCAUUUACAUCAUUACACUACUCACCACCAUCUCAACAUAUCUGGUGGCACGUGCAGCAGUCAUGCUCAAACAAAGAUGCCGUUCGCUCAAAGACUCGAAGCAUACAACGAUGGGUUCCACGACAACAGAACAAGCCGAAAAUGUGGAAAUGCAUCCGAAUACCGAUACGCAAGCACGUCCAAGGAAAACUUCCGGCGGUCAUUCGACAAGAUCCAAGCUCAUCUUCUCGCUUUCAAUACUGGCUGUAACAAGUUGCUGUCAGCACACCCAUGUUCUCAACACCAAGGAUCUGAUUUGCACCGACUUUCUUGGAGAUUCAAGAUGUAGGAAUGUCGAGGAGCAUACCUUCGCAAUGAGCAGCUUCAAACGCGAAGUUUGCAUGAAGAUCAUGUACAAAGGAGAACUGAUCGCGACAUUACAUAUACAACUCGACAGCAUAAGAUUUGAGUGCAUACCUGUCACUCACUUCUUCACCAGGAACGCUGAGCUUAUAACAGUCUCUUCCAAACGAUGCGCUCAAGCCGGCAGUUGCACGCAACAAAGAUGUCGCACAAUCGCACAAAACUCGUUCGUUCCGGAAUUAAACGGCUCAUACCACCUUCCUGGAGUGACACGAUGCCAAGAAUCGUGUGGAGGAAUUGGUUGUGUACAACCGUACCAACCCGCAGACCAUGAUAUCCCCGUCCGACGACACGUUCGCAGUCAAGUGCAGCACAUCAGAGGUCGCAAAAAAUUUGACAAAGUGCCGUGUCAUGGAUACGUGCAAAUGCACCUCAAGAUCCACACUCGCUGUUUGCUACUGCGCCAAUGUCAACAUCACAGAAAGGAUGGAUUCCUUGGAUACUAUGCUACCCUGCACAGCUCAGAAUUUUCUCUGGAAGCCGACGAAAAUUCAGUAACAGUUGUAAGCCACACCUCCAUCGCAGAAGUUUCCUUAUCAACUGAAGCCAGAUGGAAAACUGCUACGGUUAUCAUACCCACCAAAUGCGAGAUCCACGCCUCCGAAGCGAAAGGCUGCUACAACUGCCUCCAAGGAGCAAGACUGGUCUUCACAUGCACUUCCAAAAUCAGGACAAUUGCAGAAGUUGCCUGCACUGAUCAUCACUACACGAUAGAUUGCGGACCGAAAGCAACUAAUACGACCGUACUAAUCAGUUCCAAUACCGCCAACUAUGCUGCACAAUGUAGCACCCAGUGCGGAUCACAAAAACAUGAUUUGCACAUCAUCGGAUCGCUUUAUUACCACUCCAUAUGGAAAGACGAUUUGGAACACGCUAACAUUGAAACGGCCAAUUACGUGGACUUAAUCAACAUUCCUAACCUCAGCAACAUAGCUCAGGUUAUGUCUCACUGGUGGACCACUUCGCUUACAGCAGCAGCUGUAGUAGCAUUGUCAAUAGCUGCCACACUGAUCUGUGGACCUGCUCUGUUUCGCAAAUAUAUGUUCUUCUAG